CACGAUUAUAUGGCGUCGGGUGACAACAGCCAAUAACAAAGCGCACCUUUCCCGAACCGUCACCCCAUCACUCGCCCGCUGCACGAUGUCCGUCACCCGCGACGUUGCGGGCUUCUCCGCGUUUGGCCUCGCCGUCCGCUUCUGGCAGCUCGGCAUACUGAACAAGCACCUCUUCUCCAACCCGGCCGGCCAUGUCGCGUCGAUGGCUGCGUUCGGCACCCUUGGAUACUUUAUGCACCACUGGGACAUACGGGUGCAGGAGCUUCUUGCUAUCAAGCGAGCAGACAUCACGGAGAAGCGACAAGCAUUGAUUGCAAAGGCGCGCUCAGAAGAAGAGCAAGCGCUGUCGGGUUAG